CACUCGCAUCCUUCUUUCUUUUUUAUGCUAAAUAUUUUCUUGUCCCUGUUGUGUUGGUUGUAUUGUGUUGUCUCUGCUUUAAAAAGUGUGUUGUUUUUCUUGUUUGCUUCAAUGCACACCAACACACAACACCAAUAACAAGAAAGAACCACAGCAUUCACCAACAACAUAAGCUUUCAACAAACAAAAAAAAAAAACUAGUACCCCAUUGACAACAAGUUUUCAGCUUUUGAAGAAAAUAAAAGACAAAAGUAAUGCUUGCCUUAUUAUAUCCCAGCAUUGCUUCAGGAUCUCUCAUUUUCCUUGCUUUCGUUUUCAUUGGCUCCCCAUGUUUUUCCUAUGCUUUUGGUGUCAAUGUUGGUCCAGAUCAUCCUAUCUUCACAUUUCAGUAUCUGGGUUGAAGAAUGCUCUCCUUGAAGUCCCCCAAAGAUCUGUGAUUCAAGUGCUUCCCAUUUUUCUGCUUGUGGUUAUUCUUUGGCUUCGAGAUGAAACUAGGUUCUCAACAAAAUGAUUUGGACUUUUAUCCUGAGCAAAGUCUGGAUGGAAGUUUCCGAAAGUUCAUAUCUGGUUUUAUUCACAAUGAUAUGGACCUAUCUCCAGGGCAAAGCUUGGACGGAAGUUUCAGGAAGUCUAGCUCUGUAACCUCUACUCAUAGUAUCUCUGGUGCUUCUGCUUCAAGUAAGUUUGUUCCUACUUCUAGAAGAGUAUACAAAGGGCUAAAGGACUAUGGAAGGAAACUUGUCAACCUAGAACUUUUCACACAAAGUCUUGAGGAUUGGGUUUCUGAGAAAUCAUGUGUAGAUUCAGCCAAUGAGGAGCAGUUCUUUAAUUCUCCCUUUUUGAUUGAUGAAUUGCGUAAGCUUGACUUAGCAUUGGAGGGGGUUUUAUUUCAGCAGUUGUUUCGUAUGCCAUGCUCACCUUCUGUAACAGACGAUCUUAAAGAAGAUGAGUAUCUCGCAGUAGAAGACUUUCUUCAUGUAGUUGCCAAUGGCUUAUGGCGUACCUUUUGGCGUAAAAGUGGACCAUUGCCAUUCUUUGUAUCUGGUCCCCGUCAUCCUGGAUCCAAGUUUUAUACGGUAGAAAAGGCAAUGUCAAGGGGAAGGCUUGAAGAGCUAUGUGGUUUAGCUUUGCUAUCAAAAAUUGGGAGUGAUUUGCAAGUUCACUGGGAUCAAGUAGCGGAGUUUGUGUUAUUUAAGCCAGAUAUAUUGUCAAAAAAUGAGUUGAAAUUGUCUGCUCACAGUAUUUGUGAAGCCCUCUUCUAUGGUUUUCAUAUUCUUGUAUCUAGGAGUUUGAGCAACAUCAAUACUGUCAGCAGUGAUUCAGUUUUCCUUGUGGUUCUAGAUUCUAAAUAUAGUGGGGUGGUAAAAUUUGGUGGUGACCUUGGAAAACUUGAUUUAAACUCAGCUAACCCAUACCAUGCUGUAGCUGAAUGGGUGAAAUCUUAUGCUGAAGUUAGUGUUUCCCCAGUGGAUCGGAUAUGGAACAAAUUGGGGAAUGUGAAUUGGGGAGACAUGGGGACCCUGCAAGUACUUUUGGCAACAUUUUACUCCAUAGUCCAGUGGAAUGGACCACCAAGAAAGUCGAUAGCCUCAUUAGCCUCAGAUCACAGCCUCCGCCUUCAGAAGCGUAGGAUAGAGUGUCGCCCUAAUGAGAAUGAAAAUGCACUAGUUCCUUUCCAACAGGCUAGCCAUCAACAUGGAGAGAUUGUUGAACUUGAUGAGAAUGAUUCAUUUUUGAGAAAGCAGGCCUCACGUUUGAAGCUUACGAAGGGCGAGGUACUGCUUUUGGAUGAUCAACGGCAGGGACAGAAAAGUUUCCAAAUACAGGGUUCUCUGGUAGGAGGGAACUGCUUUCUCUACAGUGCUGUUUCUCUUGAUUAUCCCACAGAGUUGUUGUCUUUAUAUGUAGGUGCCCAUCCAUCAAGACUUGAGCCAUCAUGGGAGGAUAUGAGUUUGUGGUAUCAAGUGCAGAGGCAAACUAAAGUACUAAAUAUUUUGAAGCAGCAGGGAAUUUCAAGCAAGUAUUUGCCUGAUAUAAUUGCCUCUGGCCGCAUUUUGCAUUCUGGUCCCUGUACAAAGCAGAGCCCAGGAGGGCGAUGUGAUCACCCAUGGUGUGGUACUCCAAUACUUGUGACAUCUCCUAUUGGGGAGCCACUUUCAUCUGUUGUUGAUCGGGAUGGCCCAUUCUCCCCUGAGGAAGCAAUCCGCUGCUGCCGAGACUGCUUAUCUGCUCUAAGAAGUGCAGCUAUGGCCAGUGUCCAACAUGGUGAUAUUUGUCCAGAAAAUAUAAUAUGUGUUGUUGAUAUGCAAGGUGUAAGAAACAGACAUUUGUAUGUCCCGAUAUCAUGGGGACGUGCAGUUUUGGAAGACAGAGACGGUGCAGCUAUAAAUUUGCAGUUCUCUUCGUCUCAUGCACUUCAGCAUGGGAAACUAUGUCCAGCAUCUGAUGCAGAAAGCCUUGUUUACUUGCUCUAUUUUGUCUGUGGGGGAAGUAUACAGCAGCAAGAUUCUAUUGAAUCAGCAUUGCAGUGGAGGGAGAGAAGCUGGGCAAAGCGAAUGAUCCAGCAGCAGCUUGGUGAGGUUUCAGCUCUCUUAAAGGCAUUUGCUGAUUAUGUGGAUAGCCUUUGUGGAACCCCAUACCCAGUUGACUAUGAUAUAUGGUUGAAAAGAUUGAAUAAAGCUGUGGAUGGCUCAGCUGAUAGAGGUAAAAUGAUUGAAGAAGUAGCCGUAACUUUGAGACUAGACGAUGUUGCCGAGUCUUCAGGAACCUCUGGAGGUGGUUCUUAAGUUCCAUACUGAGUUUUUGGGGGUUUGCUUUUGUAACUACAUUUGGGUGAGAUUCAACUUCAUUUCUUGAAAGGGCUCUUAAAGCUUCUAAUAUCUACAGUUUGAUAUCUUUUUCAGCAAUGGCUGAUUGAAAUUUGAUGAAAUCAUGCUAGCAUUUUCUAAUAUGGAUGCGUUGUAAAUUUACUAUCAAUUGUAAUUAUACAACAAAUCUUGUCCUUCUGGUA